AUGCAUCCGUCGCGUAGAGCCUACGUAGAGGAGGCCGAGCCUGAGCAGGAUCGCGGAGGCAUUGAUCUCGACUCUGUUCCUCUUGAUCGCGACUAUGACAUUCCAGGUGCUGGGGCUGGUAUUGCCCCAGAGAAGGCAUCUGUACUCCUUUCACAGUUCGAGCGAAAACGAUUAGCAGCUUCGAUUGCCGUUCCUACCGACGAUGGCCGGGUGCGAGCCAAAUUGCGAGAGAUGGGCGAGCCCGUCACCCUCUUCGGCGAGGGUCCGGCAGACAGACGCGACAGAUUACGAGAACUUAUGACACUACAAGCCGAGAAGGGAGGCCAAGAAAACGCCGAUGUGGAAAUGCAAGACGCCGACAAUGAUGAUGACGAAGCCGGCGACCAAGAGGAAGAAUUCUACACCACUGGAACCCCGGAGCUGCUUCAGGCCCGCAUCGAUAUCGCCCAAUACUCAAUCCCCAGAGCCAAGAAGCGCAUCGAAUUCCAGAAGAAGGAGUCCACCAUUCCACUGCGAACGCAUGUCAAACACCGAAAAGAGAUCAAGGAAAAGCUUCAGGGAUUUGAGCUACAAGGCAGUCAAACGGCAGGAGAGCGGCACAUCAGCAUGACGAGGAUUUCCCCCGAUGGAAACAUGGUCGCAACUGGCAACUGGGGUGGACAGGUCAAACUUAUCGAGAUCCCGACCCUUGAACCAAAGAAGACUUUGAGGGGUCAUACCAACAAAGUGAGCGGUCUAUGCUGGAUGCCUGGAGCUACACUGCCUGAGCGCAAUGUUUCUCCCGAUACGGUCAACCUCGCUUCUGGAGGUGCGGAAGGCCUGGUUCAUCUCUGGUCUCUGAACCAGGAUACUCCGCUCAGAACUCUUACGGGACAUUCUCAACGAGUGUGUCGUGUAGAGUUCCACCCUUCGGGCAGGUAUCUGGCUUCUGCCUCGGAAGACACCUCGUGGAGGAUGUGGGAUGUGGAAACCGGCACCGAGCUUCUUCUCCAGGAAGGCCACUCUCGCGGUGUCUACGCCGUCAGCUACAACACUGACGGAUCGCUACUUGCGAGCGCGGGGUUGGACAGCAUUGGAAGAAUCUGGGAUUUGCGGACAGGACGGACUGCCAUGAUUCUUGAUGGGCACCAGGACGGCCAUAUCAAGCCUAUUUAUGGCUUGGACUGGGGCUCGGACGGUUACAGGGUGCUCACGGCGUCUGCUGAUGGCUGGAUCAAGUGCUGGGAUGUUAGGAAAGUGGAAAGGAUAGGAGGAAUUGGUGCACACACAAGUGCGGUGGCCGACGUGCGGUGGUUUAAGGGGUUGGAUGAUCCGUUAGAAGGAGUAGCUCCUGGCGAGGAUGAGAAGGGAAUGCAAAUUCCCAAGAAAUCCGGCACCUUUAUGGUUUCGGCAGGCUUUGACCACAAGGUAAACAUAUUUUCCGCCGACGACUGGGCCUUGGUCCAGUCCCUCAGCGGCCACACAGGGCCUGUUUCGAGUGUCGACGUUAGCGGGGAUGGAAAGUGGAUUGUAAGCGGUGGGCAUGAUCGGACGGUCAAACUUUGGGGACGAAACGACUCCAAGGGCUUGUAUGAAUCCUGA